GAGGAGGCGGAGGAGUUUGCGGGAACUACUUUUAGUCAAGUUAGUUGGGCCGCGCAGAUAGUGACUAAACAGUUGUGGGUUUUUUUUUUUUCCCCAACUUCUAUAUUGGUUUGGAGAGACAAACUGCAGCCAUGGUGAAAGAUUCAAAUAAACCCAAAGGACGGAUGUCUGCCUAUGCCUACUUUGUUCAAUCUUGUCGUGAAGACCAGAAACGGAAUCACCCAGGAGACUCUGUCGGCUUUUCAGAGUUUUCUAAAAACUGCUCAGAAAAAUGGAAGAACUUGCCCACCAAAGAGAAGACGAAGUUUGAGGAUAUGGCGAAGAAGGACAAGGCCCGAUAUGACAGUGAGAUGCAGACAUAUGUUCCUCCUAAGGGUGCCAGAAGGAACAAGAAGAAGAAGGACCCGAAUGCCCCCAAAAGGCCACCCUCUGCCUUCUUUCUUUUCUGCUCUGACCACCGUCCGAAGAUAAAGGAGGAGAACCCUGGUAUCUCUAUCGGGGACACUGCAAAGAAACUUGGUGAAUUGUGGGGACAGCAGAGUGCCAAAGACAGGGCUCCUUUUGAGGCAAAGGCUUCUAAACUGAAGGAGAAAUAUGUAAAGGAAAUUGCUGCCUACCAUGCAGAGUCUGGUUCUGGGAAGGGAGGAAAAGUCAAGAGUGGCCCAGGCAGGCCUAAGAAAAAACCAGUGGAGGAGGAAGAUGAAGAGGAGGAUGAGGAGGAGGAUGAAGAUGAGGAUGAUGAAGAUGAAGAGGAGGAUGAUGAUGAGUGAGCAGAGGCAGUUUAUUCAGAACAUAAAGAUGUGAAAUUUGCAAAUGCAUUGUUCAGCUAAACUUGUGUGUUUGUGUGGACUAUUCCAGCCUUGCAGCCUGCUGUCCCUGUUGGUCUGUCUCUUUAGGACAUCAGACCCAAUGUUCCUUAUCAAAUUCAGGGAUUUAAUGUCGUAAUUUUUUUUUAAUAGUCAGUUAUUGUCCUGUGCUUUUAAUAAUUUCCUGCUUAAUGAUGUUUAUUUGUCACAUCUUGAAUCUUGGUUUCUAAAUUUCAACCAGAUGUUGCAACAUGUGAAACUUCCACUAAUGCAGUGAUGACAGCAAAUCUGAACAGAUCCUUUUUUGUCUGUCUUUUUUUUUCUGAAGCACUGCUUAUAUUCAAGUUUAAAAGUCUUUCAUAGUCCUACUGCCGGGGGUUAUGUAGUUUAAAAUUUUCCAACUGUUUUAAAAUGGAAUUUUGGAAAUCUCAUGUAGAACAGAAUUUUUGUAAUAAAAUUUUGUAUAUUGUGUGAA